UGCCUUCCUCUCCCAGCCUGCACCUCUCCCCGCCGCAGCUGAUGUGGUCCAGGAAGCUGCGUGAGCCGUCUCCGGAGCUGACUGCGUGAGAUGUUUCUGGAAGAGAGACCCCAGGGCAAAGGGUCCUGACCACUAAGCAAGCACUCUCUGCUGGCCAUCCAUCCGUUCCCCUUGCUGGUGCCUGAGCCCAUCCUGAUCAGGGAGUAUCCCAGUUGAGAUGCUGGAUUCACUUUCCCUCCUAAAUCCCCUACUCUGCUGCCUGUGGUAGCAUCUCCAGGAUUCAUGAGCCCCUGGGAGGACCUGGUAGCUUCAGGGGACCAGACAGAGGGAGAAGAGGCAGCUGUAUCCCUUUCGCAAUAAAAACAGAGAAGAUGCACCCAUCCCAGGGGGCCUUGGCUGGGUCCAGCCUGAAUCACCUGUUGGGGAACCGGAAGCUGAUGGCCAUGGGAGCUAUGCUGGGAUGGCUGCUGAUGGUCCACCUCCUGGUCAAUGUGUGGCUACUAUGCCUCCUCUCAGUAUUGCUGGUAGCACUGGGAGGCUGGGUGGGCUCCCAGGCCAUGACGGGGGUCACUGGCCGACUGCACUUAGAGCGCUUCAUCACAUUGCCAAGUUGCCCUACCAGCCCUGAGGCUGAAAGCCAGCUGGACCAGGAGAUCGACCGCACCAUUCAGAAGAUCAUCCGGGACUUUGUGUCUUCCUGGUACCACACAGUAAGUAAUGAGCCGGCCUUCGAGGAGGAGGUCCGGGCAGCAAUGACAGGCAUGGCCCAGGAGCUCAGGAGAAGGAUGGGAAUGGUGGACAGGCAAGCUCUAACACAGAGGGUUCUGAUGCUCUGUGGCUGCCACCUGCAGAACUACAUUAAGGCGAAGGAGGCCACAGGGAGGCUAGGUACCCAAGUUGAGCCAUCUCAACUUUGGGAAGCGUACUGUCAAGCUACUGCCUCCCACCCCGCUGUGCAGAGCCCCAGUACAGAGGUGAGCUAUGCCCGGGGCAUUGUGGAUCUGAUACUCCAGGGCCUGGCACCCAAGCCCCAUCUGGAGACCAGGACAGGGCGCUAUGUGGUGGUGGAGCUCAUCACAUGCAAUGUGCUUCUGCCACUGAUUAGCAAGAUGUCUGAUCCAGAUUGGAUCCACCUUGUACUAGUUGGCAUCUUUUCCAAGGCCAAAGCAGGCACAACUGAAGAGGCCAAGUCAGACUGCCCGGCAAAACAACCCAGUCAGCCCCUGGUACCCAGGUCCUUGCCACUGACUAUUCCAGUAGAAAAGCUGCCUGAGGUGAGAAGUCCUUCUCCAGCAGGAGGCUUGACCUUCCCAAACCACAGUGGGCCGGAAGGGCCAGGGGGCUACUCUCCAGAGGUGGAAGAGGGCCGAGAGGCUCUAGAAGGGGACCUGAGUAUGGAGUCAGAGGGCAGAAAGCCUGGAAAUAGUGCGUCCCACUUCCUGCAGCCAGAUACCCGUGGCCCCCUCUUCUUGUGUGAAGACUCAGAACUGGAUUCACCACUUUCCGACCUGGGCAAGGACACAGAUCCUAUCAUGCUCAUGACUCCCAGCGACUUCCUCACUGACAGGCUUCAGGAUGCCCUAACCGCCCUGGAGGGUGGCACAGACGCUCUGGAGCCAGAGGAAGGAGAGGGAGCUGAAGGUACAGAGACUGAGGCAGACGCAGGCUUGUUGGCCUCCAUGCUCAAGCCCUGCCCAGAAAUCCAGAUCAACUCAGCAGAGAAAGGCAAGGAGCAAGAAGACCUCACCUCCCUGACAACUCUGCUGGAAGGGCCAGAGAGGACCUGUCUCACUCGGCCGUCGUGCCUUGAGAAGGAUCUGGCGAAGGAUGUCAAUCCCCUGGACCCCAGCCUACCCCAGGUUUUGCUCUCCUCCUCUCCAACAGGUCCCCUAAGCUCGGCCACCUUCAGCUUUGAGCCCCUCAGCAGCCCCGAUGGUCCAGUGGUCAUUCAAAACCUACGGAUCACUGGAACCAUCACCGCCCGGGAGCACAGCGGGACCAGUUUCCACCCCUAUACUCUCUACACAGUGAAGUAUGAGACAGCCCUUGACAGUGAAAACAGCAGUGGCCUUCAGCAGGUGGCCUACCAUACUGUGAACCGUCGCUACCGGGAGUUCCUAAACCUACAGACCAGGCUAGAGGAGAAGCCGGACCUACGCAAGUUCAUCAAAAACGUGAAGGGUCCCAAGAAGCUCUUUCCUGAUCUUCCGUUUGGAAAUAUGGACAGUGACAGGGUAGAAGCCCGUAAGAGUCUUCUGGAAUCAUUCCUGAAGCAACUAUGUGCCAUCCCCGAGAUUGCCAACAGUGAAGAAGUACAGGAGUUCCUGGCUCUCAACACAGAUGCUCGAAUAGCCUUUGUCAAGAAACCUUUCAUGGUCUCGAGAAUAGAUAAGAUGGUAGUGAGUGCCAUAGUAGAUACCUUAAAGACUGCAUUUCCUCGCUCGGAGCCCCAGAGCCCUACAGAAGAUCUGAGUGAAGCAGAGACAGAUGGCAAGCCUCAGACAGAGGGCAAGAAGGCCAAUAAGUCUAGACUCAGGUUCCCGUCUAGCAAAAUCGCUCCUGUAUUGAAUGUGGCGGAGUCACAUGAGAAGGUCCUAUAUUGCCUCCGGGAAAGUAACGUGGAGUCAGACAUCCUGUCGAUUUCUGGGAUGGAGUCAUUCCUUGUAAAGCAGAGCAAGUUCCUGGAAAUACAGGCAGAAGAAGCCUUGGAAAAGGAUUGUGAGCAGACCCCCAAAGAAUGUACAGAUGACUGCAGUGAGAGCCCCUCAGAUGAUGCUGCUUCACCCCUGGAUGGGAGCAGUGACCAAGAGUCAGAGACAGCAUUAGCUGACACAGCCCUGGACCUUCUCCUCUUGCUAAUGAUGGAACAAUGGAAAUGGCUAUGCACUGAAAAUAUGCAGAAAGCCCUUCAUCUUCUCUUUGGGACCCUGAUACAAAGGUGGCUAGAGGUACAGGUAGCUAAUCUGACAUGUCCCCAGCGAUGGGUCCAAUAUCUCCGGCUCCUGCAGGAGUCCAUCUGGCCAGGGGGCAUGCUGCCAGUGCUGCCGAAGCCAUUGAGAACACAGAAACAGAAGGAGGCUACUGAGGAGCAAGCUCUGCAAAGCCUGAUGGGAGUCCUGCCAGACUUGGUGGUGGAAAUCCUUGGAGCGAGCAAGUGCCGCCUGAGCUGGAGUUUGGUUCUGGAGUCUCUGCAGCAGCCCCUCAUCAACAGGCACUUAAUUUAUUGCCUCUGGGACAUCAUCCUGGAGUGCCUGGAUCUCAGUGCCUCUGCUGAGGAGUCUGCCACAACCACCCCUGCUCCAGACACACCAAGUAAUCCCAGGAGGAUGGGGGUCUCCCCCUGAUUGCUGAGCACUCCUCACAAAUAUUCUGGAUAGGACUAGAGAAAGGAGAAUGAGUUUCCAAGUGGUAAUGUUCAAGAUAUCCCAGCUCCCUGGGAACCAGGAUGUGAAAUCUAUGCUCUCAGCACUUAUAUGGUGAAAGCAAUAGUGAUUGAGAAAGCCUUGUGGCAUAGCUGCUGUCCCCAGGAACCAGUUCUAUUAUUGACAAAUGAUCACCCAAGUUUGCAAUUAGGGAUGAAUGUGCCACCUGCAUGCCCACCCAUUUCCACAGUUCUUCCAUCUCCCUUGGGUUUCUAGUAGUGGGUGGGGCCUUAUUUCUUCAGAAAAAAUACUGGGAAGAAGAGGUAGAAUCAUACAUUGCAUCCCAUCCCUUUCUUUGUCAAUCCCUACCAUGCAAGCUUGACACCUAUCACUUGGCCCUGCGCAACUCCUUUGCAACAUGGAGUCUGGGAAAAGCAGAGGAAAACUACUGCCAGGCCCUCUUAGAGAAGAGAGUGUGUGUGUCUCUGGAACUUCCCUUCCUCCUGAAAGAAAAUGAAACUCAGGACAAGGCCAUCGAGUAGCAAGGAAAGUGUAUUCAGUUGUUCCACUUGGUUUCUUCUCUCACCUUAGGAGAGGAGAGAGGGAAGGCCUUUUGAUUCACUGCUACUGGCUCCUUGACCAUGUCCUCCUGCAUCAGCCUUAUAAGAGAAGACACUGGAUCACCUCCUUGGACAGCAUCAUUCUCUCUGUCCUGAACUUCUGGUGAAUCCUCUCAGGGGUCCUCCCUUCUCCUCUCACAUUCUUCCUGGUAGAACCUACCCUUCAACUUUUUUUUUUGUUCAUUCCCGUCUCUCCUCAAAAUUUGAAGUUCCAUCUCCCUGAACCAGAGGCUUGGGAAGAAGGGAGUCUGCAACUCCAACUUUCUGGGCCAGCACCUAGGGUGGAGAAAGGAAAAUCUUGCCCAAAGUCAAGGAAAUCUAUAUCCUCCUUAUCCUGACACAUUUAAGGAGCUAGAACCAAGGGUUUAUGGGACUCUAUCUUAACCCACUCUAAAGGGUACGCAUCAGAACGCAAGACAUUAGGGACCUAUUUGAUUACAUCGCAAAAGCUUGUUCUCUUCUUGUCCACAGAUGAGGAAAUAGAUGUGACCUAUGAGGUCUAUUUCCUUUAAUUAAAUAAAAGAUGCUAUGGCAGGCUACAAUAUGUCAAGAAGAAGAAAUGAGUGAAAAAAGAAAGAAAUGGAGAAGAGAAAGGAAGCAAAGGGAAAAAAAUCACAAAGGGAAAAAAUUAGAGAUCUGCAAUUUAGAAGGGAACUCCAAGGUGAUCUGUUCCAACCCCCUGAUUUUAUAGAUGAGGAAAUGGAAGUGACCUAUCCAAGGUCACCCAGGUAGGAAGAGGCAGCAGUAGGAUAAGGAGUGAGCAACCAAUGGAGGGAAGAGGGAAUGAUAAAGCCAAAGCAGUAGGAAAAUAUCACCCUGCCCCCUUAGCUUCACUCGUGCCCGCUGGCAUUCCUGCAUCCAUCAGAUGAGUGGAAAACAACUUUCUUCUUUAUUAUCUGUAAGAUCAUCUAACUUGGCUACGUCUUAGGAGCUUAGCCUGAGAAGGACAUGAAAGGACAUGAACACAUAUUAAAGUUCUUAUGGAAGAGGUAUUGCACAGGGAAGUGGGAGGCCGUGGAAUCUCCUUUGGUGGAUGUUUCAAACCACCCAUUGGAUUUUUGAGCUGACUGGAAUUAUUUGUAGAUGAAACUUUGCCUGAAGUCAAGGAGGCUACAUGAGAUAACUCCAGUGCCCUUCACACGGUGGGCACUUAAUAAAGGCUGAUGCAGUGUAUUUGAGCUAAGGUCCUUUCCAGGGGUGCUGGGCUUUCUCCAUCUCCUCAGGGCCUCUCCCACCCAAAUCUAUCUCAUUGAGAGGCAGCUGUAGCUGAUUCCUUGGUAAGCAUCUAUAGGGGUCUGGGAUGGUCACGGGCACUCAUCCUGACUCCCUGGAGCAUCUCUGACACCCCUUUCACCGGGAAGCCAACGUCGCUGCUUUGGAAAGUUGGAGGUGUCCCCAUCUUCUGCUUUUCCCUUUGACACAGGCUCUUGGCCACCUGUCCUCUUACCACGCUUCUCUGGGCAGCCAGCCACAGGUUGGGUGCAUGUCAAAUGACUAGUUCCAGCUUACACGUGGCACAAAAUCAAUAAAUAACUGGACAGACCAUAAAUUGCCUGUGGUUGUAAAUUCCUAAGAAUCUUAAGUUGCUUCCAGGGCUGGGGAGGGCUUCCUUGGGUUCCACCUUACAUAAGAAAGGCCUGCCUCCUCUCCACCUGCCCCAGAGAGACACACUGUCCUUGGGCCCACUCUCUGCCCGGGAGGCAAAUGAAUGGUAGUGAUGAGGGGAAAAGUCCAUGGGGACUCUCAAACAAACCAGCCAGGUUUCAGGGAGCAAGUUCAGGCAGCAUGGGAAGUCUUGUACCUGGGAGAGAUGCCACAAAUAUGUGGAGCAGACCAGUCCAACUUGGAAUCUGUCUUGCCUUGUACUGUUUUUUUAUUAUUAUUUAUUGUUCACUGCUGGGAAUUAUGUUGCAGAAGAGUAGGAACUGGGGAAAUCACCCCAAUCCUAGACCAUAGGAUUUAGAACUAGAAGGGACCUCAAUAGUCAUCUGGUCCAAUCCUCCAGUUUUAUAGAGGAAGGAACUAAGGCCCAGAGUAAUCAAGUGACCCAAGGUCUCAUUCCCAUUCAUUAAUUUAUUUUUUAAAAAACUGAGCACCUCACGUGCUCAGGGAAGCUUUUUCUAGGCCUGGAAAUAUGUAAAGAAUUGUGGGAAAUGCAAAGAUGAAGACACUACAAAGGAUAAUCACCACUACCACCACUUAUCUCCUAUUCCUAUUCCCACCCCUGGUUCUCCCUGCUGUGGAAUGGAACACAGCUGCUGAUAAGGAUGGGGUAUGGUAGAAAGAGUAAUGAACUUGGAGUCAUGGGGCCUGGGUUCAAAUCCUAGCUCAACUACUUACUAACUACCUUGGACAAGUCAUUCACCUCACUGGGCCUCAAUUGCCUUUUCUAUAAAAGGAAGGCAUUGGACUAGAUAACUCAUAAGUUUCUGUCUAGUCCAAAUCUAUGAUACAAUAACUUUAUUAUUGUUUAGUUGUUUUCAGCCAUGUUCAACUCUUUGUGACUCCAUCUGGGGCUUUCUUGGCAAAGAUAUUGAAGUAGUUUGCCAUUUCCUUCUCUGGCUCAUUUUACAGAUGAGGAACUAAGACAAUUGGGGUUAAGUGACUCACCCAGGGUCACACAUCUAGUACAGUGUCUGAAGCCAGAUUUGAAUGUAGGAAAAUUAGUCUUCCUGGUCCCAAGCUCGGUUCACUAUCUACUAUCCCACCUAGCCAGCACAUCCAUUAGCUAGGUUUCAUUGUUUCUUCCUCUCCGGGUCCCAUUUUUUCAUCAUGGUCUUUAGCUAUGUCUCCAUGACCCUCAGCCCUAUUCCUAACCUCUGCCUCACUGAUUCCUACUCCAACCACCCAUCGCUUUAUCAGUGAGGAGCAAGAGAUGUGUUACCCUAGGGAAAUACAUUACAUCUAAUUUGUCAUCUGAGCAUUCUGAAAUUCAGGGGAUCCCUCAAAAACUGUGUUGUUUCCCCAGGGCUGCUACACAAAAGAGUAUGGUAUAUUUUCACCGUGCAAGCAAAGGCAAGAAUAGUAGCUAACCCUGUUGGAUGCAGAAGGGAACAGGAGCUAAUGACAGAGAGGUAUUUGGAGAGGGAAUAGGGACUAAGUUUGAAGCUCAAGAUCUGACUGUGUGAGCAUAGCCAUGUCUUGUCCCCUGCACUUUCUUUAUAUCUGAGAUACUAAAAGACAUGGUAAACUGCUUGCUCCCACGAGCUCCAUGAAAAGGCAAAAGGAGUCACCAACAGCUGGGUCUUAGACAGUAACUGUCAACAUUUGCUUUGGAUUGGUAAAGAGCAGAGCGGGGGACACCACUGCUCAUACUAAUGACAGGGAUUCCAUAGAUAUUGGAAUCAAUUUAUCCAUUAUCCCAGAGCCCAAGCUCCUUCUUUAACACCUGAAUUCUGCCCUGGCCAAUAAGAAAGUACCCAUAUGCCCAGGAGAAGGGUUUGGAAUUAUUCUACUCCAGUGACAGGUAGAAAAGGUCAAAGUGUAUUUAUUGCUGUUGCCCAGCAGAUCCUGACAUCCAAGGUGGCAGCUUCACUUUGAAAUAUUCUCCUUUUCCAGUCCUUGGUUCAUGAUGCCAACUCAGGCAUCUCUAACCUGGCAGUAUUCUAACUCUACUUCCCUGGAUGGGAUGACGAUGAGGAUGCAGAGAGGGGAAGGAGGCAACAAUAUGACCUUACCAGCACUUCCAAAUUGGGUCUCUCUAAUUUUUUGAUUCCAACAAUACUCACUUGAGAUUCUGUUUAAUAAAUCAUCUGAAUGCUUCA